UUCCGCACAUCAACCGCCAUCAAUCCACUGUCAGAGCAGAGACACCACCAUUGUAUCACUUUAGAGACUCUCCGAGCACAUAGGUACUCGAGUCUUAGCGCCACCGACAUAUCGCAGCUUCACCGCACUCGACACGACCUCCCACUCUCCAGCCACCACCCACGCAGGCACAGGCGCAACCCGACGUAUCUCUCCCUCCUUUCAGAGCAGCGGCGGCGGCGGCGGCGGUAUUCUUUCGUUCAUGCAGGGCGGCGCGGGCGCUCAUGUACAGGAAACGAAAAGUGCGCCGGCCAGAUCCUGCUCCACCCUAAGCACCACCCAACACAUUCUCCAGUCGCGCUUUAUCAGGGCACACACAACGCACCGCGCGCGAGAAGCUCCAGUCGCUUCCCUCCGACCAUCGCCCUCUGGUGAUGGCCGAUGGUUUAAACCGGUUCAAUCCCGGGCAACAGCAUUAUCUCUACCAGAAUCACACCUCUCACUCGCGUGGACACCCUCUGGGCGGCCACCGCAACGGCUCACCUGUCAACAAUAACGGCCGUGGACUCUACCACCCCAACGCCGACACGCCCUCGCCAAACCGCUCUCCUGGCACCAAUUCUCCCGCGCACAAUCCCUACUCCAGCAGCAUGUACAAUCAUACCAGCCACAGGCAGAAUCACAACCUGCUCAAUGGCGCUGCGCACCAAACGUUCCAGCCGCAGCAGACGGCUUUGGGUAAGGUGUUUCAGAGCUCGAUGCACGGCGGAAACCAACACCACAUGAAUAAUCAGCAUCACGACAAUGGCAUGGGCGGGCACACCAACCACUUUGGGAAUCAUCAGCACAACAUAUCGACGAGCACGCUCUCCAAUGCGACUCCGCAUUUCACACCUGCGCACCUUCAGAACGGCACAACGGACAACUCGCUUGGCAAGCCUCAGACCGAACAUUGGGCCGAGCAGUUGCGAGAAUAUCAGACACUUAGAAUGGCGGAUCAGAAGGCACAUUACUACGCUCGGACUGCUCCUAGUGUUAGUAGACUAUCGGGUAAUCUGUCGAAGAAUGCCGCCAAAACCGAUGCUGAAGAUGGGGACCGAAGACGCAUCAUAGACGAGUCCGAUGAGAUGGGAAAUUUCAACACGAUAGACAUGUCUGGGCAAGGGCUCAAAGUUUUGGCACCCAUAGUGAUCACGCGGUACACCAAGCUGAAAAACCUGUACUUGUCAUGGAACAGGCUGAGCUCAAUACCGCCUCAGAUUGGUACAAUGCGGUUUCUCACCCACUUAGACCUCAGCUUCAACAAUUUGUCUUUCUUGCCACCAGAGAUUGGCAUGCUUACAAACUUGAAGAAGUUGUCGUUGUAUGACAACAACUUGGAGGAUCUUCCUUACGAACUAGGCACCCUGUUCCAGCUGGAGAUGCUCGGUAUCGAGGGGAACCCCCUGCGGCAGGAAUACAAGGACCGACUCAUGGAACACGGGACUCAGGAGCUGAUCCGUCACCUCCGUGAGCAGGCUCCUGUACCCGAACCACCAUUGGACCGAGCAUGGAUGCCGACUGUCGAGGAUGGCACAGAGUUUACAGAUACAUUCACGGUUCUGUCCUGGAACACUCUAUGUGAUCGAGCAGCGUCACAAGCAAUGUAUGGCUACACGCCUUCGGAAGUGCUUAGUUGGCCACGGCGCCGCGGCAUGAUCCUGGAUGAGAUGAAGGGCAGGAAUGCCGACAUUAUGUGCUUACAAGAAAUGGAUCUCGAGAACUUCAACGAGUUCUUCCGGCCAAAUCUUGGAUCUCAUGAUUACCGAGGAAUCUUCAAUCCCAAAGGCCGGGCGGCGACCAUGGGCGAGAAAGAGCGCAACAGCGUUGAUGGCUGUGCUGUGUUCUGGAAGAAUUCCAAGUACAUCAUGCUGGACAAGCAGUUCAUUUCGUUCAAUUCGGAAGCGAUAAAACGGCAGGACAUGAAAGGAGAGCACGAUGUCUACAACCGAGUGAUGCCCAAGGAUCAUGUUGCUGUUGUACUCUUCUUAGAGAACCGCUUGACGGGGUCCCGCUUGAUCAUCGCCAACACGCACCUGACCUGGGAGCCUUGGUUCCAGGAUAUCAAGAUUGUGCAGGUUGCAAUCCUCAUGGAGCAAGUUCAGAAGCUGUCGGAGAAGUACGCCAAGUGGCCAGCUCUCAAAGAGUCGGAGAAGAAGAUGUUCGAAUUCACCAGCGAGGACAAGCCAGACGGUACAGUCACUGUUCCCAACAAGCCAGGGCCUUCUGUCAAAUACGAUGGACCCACCAAUAUUCCUCUCAUCGUAUGCGGUGACUUCAACUCAACCUCCCAUUCAGGAGUAUAUGAUUUGAUCACACAAGGUUCACUCUCCAACUCUCACGAGGAGCUGGGCAAGUACAACUAUGGCGACUUUACGCGGAACGGUAUGAGCCAUCCCUUCAGUCUCAAGUCCGCUUACAGCCACAUUGGAGAGAUGAAGUUCACCAACUAUACGCCCGACUUCCGACAAGUGAUUGAUUGGGUCUUCUACUCCACACAAACAAUGCAGGUGACGGGUGUGCUGGGUGAAGUGGACAGAGAAUACAUGAAGCGAGUACCUGGGUUCCCGAACCACUACUUUCCGAGCGACCAUUUGCCUCUCUUCACAGAGUUCGCAAUCAAGGAGAAGAAGGAGCGCAAGGUGACGGAAACCAGUUUUGGCAACUCGAGGCGAGACAAUAGGAAUUGAUCGUGCAGGCGUUCGUUUUCUGGGACAUGUGCGUUCACUUGUACAGAGUAAGGGAAAGCACGGGCGACGCGUGCUGGGUCGGAUUACAUGAGGUUGGGCGUUCAACUUUGUUACAGGCAAAGCAGGGCAGGCACGCAGUCAAUUUCGCAGAUGACUGUCAACGAAGGGGGGGUGUUUUUGGAAAGACUUUUAUACUUCAAUUGCUGUAUCAUCACUUUAGCCAAGCUCUAUGGAGAGAGAGCUCACUAUAAUGAUGAGUACCGAAUUGUUGAUGCAGUUGGCGCAAAAGGGAUGACACUGCCGAGAGACGUCGAUGGUAGAAUAUGUUGUGACGUGAGGACGUGAGUUGGUAUUGCAGCAUACGGGGC